GUCGGGGCCUGGAAUGUCGGGGAGGGCAGUUUAACUGUCAUGAGGGCUUGUGUUGUUUACCCCAAUGGUAGAGAGGGGAGAUACAACGCUGGGCUGGUCCCUGUGUGACUCCCCAGCAGGAUUCAAUGGAGAAACCUUCCUUCGAAAGGCUGAAAUCCACUUCUCCUCUGCACAAAGGACAAGGGGUGCUAAAGAAACAAGAGAGAAAGUUUAUCCUGAUUUUUCAGACACUAAACAGUGAACAGAGGGGAGGAAAAAAGAGUCUAGAGACUGAAGGAAAAGGAGCAAGAAAUGAGAAACUAUCCCUCUGCCAGAAGUCACCCUCCUCCAAAAGGCCUGAGUUUAGUUUUCACAGCAAAGAACAAAGUGAGGAAAAGAAACAAGAGAAAAAGAAAAACCACAGGAAAUGGAGAACAGCAUUAAAUGCAGGGGAAAGCAUUAAAUGCAGUGGUCUAGAGCCAAAAGCAGAAGAAACAAAGGCAUCAGCAGCAGGAAGAACAGGAAUUAUGGAGUCACCUUUCUUCAAAAGGCCUGAAUCUAGAUUCUCUCUCAGCAAUGGCCAAAGUGAGGAAAAGAAACAAAAGAAAAAACACAAGAAAUGGAGAAGAGCAGAACAUACAGAGGAAGGUGACGCAGAUGCUCUACGGACAGCGGCAGCAGCAGCAAGGAUUAAGGAGUCACCUUCCUUCAAAAGACCUAAAUCUAUUUUACCUCUUAGCAACUGGCAAAGUAAGCAAAAGAAAAAAAAGAGGAAACGGAGAAUGGAAAAUGCUGAGGACGGUGACGAGGAGGAUCUAGAAACAGAAGCAGAAGACAAAGCAGCAACAGCAAAGUCCUCUUCCUUCAAAAGGCCUGAAUCCACUCUCCAUCCCAGCAAUGGACAAAGUCAGGAAAAGAAACGAGAGAAAAAGAAAAAACACAGGAAAUGGAGAAGAGCAGAACAUACAGGGGGAGGUGACAAAGACAGUCUGGAGACAGAAGCAGAUGAAGCAGAAUCGGGGCUGGAUGUGGCUAGAGCAUGGACCUCCCAGCACACUUACCUGCACACAUCCACACUCUUCGUUUCUCAUACUCUCUCCUUCUGCCAGGAGCUGCUUCCCCCUCCAUGGCUGAAACCCACUUCCCCUCUGAGCAAAGGACAGAGCGACAGGAAGAAAUGGGAGGGAAAGCAGAAGCACAAACAAUUAGGAACACAAAGCAAAGGAGGGGUACACCUUCAGAGUCAAGAGACAGAAGCAGCAGAUGGGAGAAAUGAGGAGACACCUUUUUCCAAAAGGCCUGAGUCUGUUUUCCCUCUGUGCAAUGAGCGAAGGGAGAGAAAGAACAAACACAUGAAAUGGAGAACAGAAAAUACCAGGGAAGGUGAUGAAAAUGAGCUAGAGACAAAAGCAGAGGAAGCAGCAGCGGCAAGAAUGAAGAAGCUGGGCUCCUCCAAGAGGCUGAAAUCCAGUUCUGCUCUGGACAUGGCACAAAAUGAGAAAACGAAACACUGUACAGAGCUAACCCAGAGAAAACGGAGAAGACAAGAAAAUGAAGGGGGCAGAGAUGCACAGAGACUAGAGUCAGGCAGAAGAAAUGAGGAGACACCUCCCGCCAAAAGGCUCAAAUUUACUUCCCUUCUGAGACACAGAAAGUGUUUGGGAGAAUCCCUCCUAGCAUUAACUGCACACAUGUAG